AUGUCAGGAGUUUACGAAGCUGAUAUCUACUUAGACGCACGUCCUACUUAUCCCGCCGAUUGGUACUCCAAGCUCGCCGCUCUCUCUCAUCAUCACCAUCUCGCCUGGGACGCCGGCACCGGAAACGGCCAAGCCGCAAUCGGCAUCGCCGAGCACUACGAGAGAGUCGUCGCCACGGACGUGAGCGAGACGAUGUUAAAUCUGGGGAAGCCGCAUCCGAAAGUAACUUACCACCACACGCCGCCGUCGAUGACCGACGACGAGAUGGUGAAUCUGAUCGGAGGAGGAGAAGAGAACUCCGUUGAUCUGAUAACGGUGGCCACCGCCGUACACUGGUUCGACCUACCGAGAUUCUACGCGAUCGCGAAUCGUCUCCUCCGUAAACCGGGAGGGAUCAUCGCCGUGUGGAGCUACAACACAGACAUGGUGGUGAGUCCCGAGUUCGACUCGGUGAUGACUCGGUUCAACGAGGAAACGAUGCCGUAUUACAAAUUUCCAGAGUGUCAGCAUUUUUUGAGCGGAUACAAAACGUUGCCGUUUCCGUUCGAGAGUGUGGGCCUGGGCUCAGAGGGAAAGCCCAUGGAGCUGGAGAUGAAGAGAACGGUGUCGUUUGAAGGAUUCUUACGGAUGCUGAGAUCUUGGUCUGCCGUUGGCGCUGCCAAGGAGAAAGGAGUCGACUUAUUGUCGGAGAAUGCAGUGAAAGAGCUCGAGACGGCUUGGGGCGGAUCCGAGCUGGUACGAACCAUCGUCUACAAGACGUUUAUGCUCGCUGGAACCGUUAAAAACUAG